AUGAAGGUUCAGAAAGGGUUUGAUAAUACGUUAAAGAGGAUUGCAAUGGUGUUGCUUAUUGGAAUCAUAGCUUUUACAUAUCAGAUCACCACUCCUCCGCCACCAAACCGCUGCGGUUCACCAGGUGGUCCACCGGUCACCGGACCUCGAGUCACCCUCAGAGACGGUAGACAUCUAGCCUAUAAUGAAUACGGCGUCUCCAGAGAAACCGCCAACUAUAAAAUCGUGUUCGUCCAUGGAUUCAGCUCUUGCCGCUUCGACGAAUCGCUGUUCCAUCAGGAAUUAUUUGAAAAACUUAAGAUCUACAUGGUGACGUUCGAUCGGCCGGGUUACGGGGAAAGCGAUCCGGAUCCGAAACGAACGAUUAAGAGCUUGGCUUUGGAUAUGGAAGAACUUGCUGAUAAACUGGAACUUGGUGAUAAAUUCUACGUAAUUGGAUACUCCAUGGGUCAACAAGGAGCUUGGGGUAGCCUCAAGUACAUUCCUCAUCGGUAA